GGGACCCCCGGACUCACAGACAGAUGCGGGGCACGCAGCAGAAAUGGACUCAGUGACAUAUGAAGAUGUGACUGUGAACUUCACCCGGGAAGAAUGGGCUUUAUUGGAUUCUUUCCAGAAGAAACUCUAUACAGAUGUGAUGUGUGAAACCUUCUGGAAUCUGGCCUCAAUAGGAAAAAAAUGGGAAAAUCAUAUCAUUGAAGAUCAGUCCCCAAACCAGAGGAGAAAACUAAGAAGUUAUAUGGGAGAGAGAGAUUGUGAAAAGAAAGAAGGUAGUCAACAUGGAGGGAAGAACAGCCUUAUUCCGAAUCUCAGUCUAAACAAGAAAACUAUUGGUGUAAAACCAUGUGAAUGCAGUAUGUAUGGAAAAGUCUUCAUGUGUUCUUCAUCCUUUAGAAAGCACAUCAUACGUCACACAGGAAACAAACCAUAUGAGCCUCCAAAAUAUGCUGAGAAACCAUGUACAUGUGAGAAAUGUGGGAAAGUGUUCAGAUUUUCCAUUUCACUUCUAAGACAUGGAAGAAUGCACACUGCAGAAGUCACCUAUAUGUGUAAAUGGUGUGGGAAAACAUUAAGUUCUUAUGAACAUUUACAAAUACACGAACGAAUUCACACUGGAGAGAAACCAUAUGAAUGUAAAAACUGUGGUAAAGCAUUCACUAGUCCCCGUUGUCUUCAAAAGCAUGGAAGAACUCAUAGUGGGGUGAACUAUGCAUGUAAACUCUGUGGUAAAGCCUUUAGAGAUCACAGUUAUUUAAAUACUCACAUGAGAGUUCAUACUGGAGAAAAGCCCUAUAAAUGUGAACUAUGUGGUAAAGCCUUAAGAGAUCUGAGUUCCUUAAAAGUACAUCAGAGAACUCAUACUGGAGUAAAACCCUACAAAUGUGAUGAAUGUGGAAAAAGCUAUGGCUAUUAUACCUCCUUAAGUAAUCAUAAAGUAACUCACAGAGGAGAGAAACCAUAUAACUGUAAGAUAUGUGCAAAAACCUAUACUUUUCGCUCAAGCCUUCGAAAACACAUGAUCACUCAUACAGGAGAAGGACCUUAUAAAUGUAAGGGAUGUGUGAAAACAUUUAUUUCUCCCAGUGCAUUAAAAGUACAUGAAAAGUGUCAUACUGUAGAAAAACCUUAUGAAUGUAAACAAUGUGAUAAAGCCUAUAAAGAGCAGAAUUCCUUAAAACUACAUGAGAGAACUCAUGCUAUAGGGACUCUCUAUGAAUGUAAACAAUGUGGUAAGUCCUAUGGUGACCAGCGUUCCUUAAAAAUACAUGAGGGAAUUCAUAAUGGAAAGAAAAUCUAUGAAUGCAAUCAAUGUGGCAAAGCCUAUAGAGAUAAUUAUUCCUUAAGAAUUCAUGAGAGAAUUCAUACUGGAGAGAAACCGUAUGAAUGUAAAUGGUGUGGAAAAGCCUUUAGAGAUCAAAGUUUGUUAACAAUUCAUGAAAGAUCUCAUACUGGAGAGAGACCUUAUGAAUGUAAGGAAUGUGGAAAAGCCUACAGAUAUUACAGUUCCUUACACUAUCAUAAAACAACUCACAAGAAAGAAACCUCAUAAUGGUUAGGAAUGUGGUGAAACCUAUAUUGUUCUCUCUAGCCUUCAAAAUCACAUGAACAUUCACACUGGUGCAGUACAUGAAUGUAAAUUAAUUUGGGAAAACAUUUCUUCCAGUUAUUACACAUAUAUGAAAAUAGUCAUACUGGAGGGAAACCUUAUGAAGCAGUGUGGUAAAACUGUCAGAUCUUCUUUGGGGCUUCAAAUACAUGAAAGAAUGCAUACUGAAAAGAAACAUGAAGAGCAUGUAGUAAAGCAUUCAGUAAACAAACCCCAUUAGAAAACAUGAAAGAACUCAGACAGAUACCCUGUGAAUUUAGUUAUGUUGAAAGGCCUACUCUUGUGAGACUCAUACUUUCAGAGAUAUGUGUGAUUGUGCACUGGAGGAGAACAAAAUUGAGAACCUUUCAGUCCUUUCUGAAGGGAUAAGAGGACUCAUUGAAGAAAACUUUGAAAAUAAGCAGCAUGUGCAGGACUUGAAUUGGUUCAGAUUCUUAAAUGUGAAAAUUUCCAUGGAAAAUAAAUAAAUGAGAAAGUUUUGUGGAAGCUACUCCAUAUUUUAUAUAUAGAAAACUGUUUAUAUAUUUUUUCAAUAUAUAUACAUUCAGUAUGUAUAUUCGGUAUGUAUGUAUAUAUUUUACCUUUUUUGCUGCUUACUGAAAAAGCUGCUUUGCAUUGGUGGGUUAAGGGUGCGGUCGAUUUAUACUUUGUCUAUUUUCUAUGCCAUUAUAUACUUGAAAUAAAUUUUUAUGCUUGGCAAAUACUUCCUGUUAAAAUUUUUUUUAAACAUCCCUGUUGACAUUUUCACAAUACAGGAUUUCUCCCUUCAGGUGUGGUCACCAUAGUUUUCCCACCACCAAGCACCCAUAAACUGUUGAGUUGGGAACACGCCAGUAUGUCAUUAGCUCCAAUAGGGGGUCUUGGGUCUCCCCAUCCAACAGCAUGAAAGAUGGGGAUUAAUAACAUGCACCCAUUUUACUUGAGCCCAAAUAGCAGGAAUGAAAAAGAGAAGGAUCCCCACUGAAGGGAGAGCUGAAAUGCAAGAGAGAAUAGAUCUUCAAUGGUCAGAUCUUUGACACGCCCACAGGGGAGUUUCUUGGUCUGUGGGGUGAGCUGUAGUUGUUUUCAAGUAGACUGGUCAAUCUUAUUGUUUUUACUGGAACCCAUAGUGGUUCUGUAGGUGACAAAAAAGAAACAUACCCUCUUCCUCUCCCCCAGGUUAAAAGUUCUACAGCUCCCAGCCAGGUUGGUCUUUGCAAUUGGCGGUGUUACACGACCAAGGGUUUAGGGCUUGGUUCUCCUGGGAUAAAAUGUUCUAGUGCUGUGAGGCCAGAAUUAGGAAUGAAAUGUUCCAUUUGCAACAUAAGUUAAAAGUCAAUAGAGCUUUUUAUAUUUGUUUUUGUGGGGACAGGUUACUUCUUUUUUUGCUU